AAAUUGUCGAAACAUUUUGUAAUCGUUGAUCAACUUUUUACCGUCGCCGUCCCGGAGAACCGCUUUCCUCAAUCGCAGAGAAUACUGAAAUCCCGAGCCCAUGGCUGAUCCGCAACUACCCACCCGUUUGUUUGCUGACCGAGAAGAGCCUGCCGGCGACAGAGUGAACAUGUACUUCAAACUCAACACCAUUAAGGUCGUGUUGAAAGCACUUCAGCCCAAAGAACUCGAUAUCAUUAGACCGUGUUUCGGGAAGUUGCUCGAUGUGUACUCUAAACCCGUGUUCUCUGGGAAAUUGGCUCAUUUUCUUCUAACCAGACAGCUUGAUGUAGUGAAGCGACAUGAAAUUUGGGUUGUGUUUGCCGGUAAACCUGUUAGAUUUUCUCUCAGGGAGUUUGGUCUGGUCACCGGUCUCAAUUGUGGUCCUCUCCCUGCGCUUGACAGAAACCUAGUCAAGUGUCCUCCCGGCGUUACGCCCUAUUGGUUCACCCUGUUUGGUGGCGAGGAGUCUUUCACUGGCGAGAUGCUGUUGGCUAAGCUGCGUAGGGCUAAGUCGCUUACCAGCGAACUGAGAAUUAAGUAUGCUUGUCUGUUACUUGUUGAUGGGUUUCUUUGCCGCAGAUCUUUCCACAUGAAGAUCCCGAAAGAACACGUGGAGAUGAUCCGGGACCUAGAUGUGUUUCUGAAAUACCCUUGGGGUCGCUACAGUUUCGAUAUGACCAUGCAGUGCAUUAAAUCAAGAUCUCUCAAUCAACUAGCUCAAGCAACUGUUGCCAUUCAAGGUUUCAUCCAUGCUCUCGUUCUCGUAUUGGUUGAGGCUGUUCCUGCAGUCCGUUCAGCCGUUGGUGAGAUUACUGACCCCGAAUCAGGCGACGAAGAUGUCUUCCCGGUUAUCUCUUUGAAACUGGAUAAAGUCUGGGACCUUGACAAAGAAACCAAGGUUGAGGUUGAUGUCCUAUCUAUAAUUCCGGCUCCUGAAGAUGUUGUUGGUCUGGAGGAUUGUAGCUGGGCUGACGAAGUUCGUGACCCGGGUGUGGAACUGAUAUUACAGAAAAUUGAAGAAGGAGCUAAGUUUAAUCGUGGGAUGUUUGUAGGGGGAUAUAGAGGUGCAUAUGUUCAUGUGGAGCCUCCUCCUAGCGAAGUGAAGAAGGGAAAACGUAAAGUACGUUCCCAAUCAGGUCGUGUGUCUUCUAAGUCUAAGAAACUGAAGGUGCGUAGUGGCAGGUCUAGGCAUACCCCGUCGGACCAAAAUAGUGCUGCUUUUCUUGCGUCUGUUAAAUCUGAAAUUGAGGCUGGUAUGAAGGAAGCGCGUGGGGACUUGUUUGCUCAUGUCGCGGUUGAGUUGAAGUCUAUGGAGUUGAGGUUAGAAAAAAGUUUCAAAUAUAGCAUCUGCUCUGCAGUCGCUGAUGCUCUUCAGGCCAAGAAUGCUGUCCAGAAAAUCAUUGAAGAGGUUGGGGUUGAGUUUCCUGAUCCUUACCAACAACCACCUCCAAAUGGUUCAGCUAACCCUGGCAGGUCAAGUGUCACGCAGCAGAAGAAACCAGCAGGGGCUACAAACUUGGAUGCUUCUUCUGAAGAGGUUGAUGGGUCUACUAGUAGGGAUGAGGAUUCUAGUAGCUCCCAAACAAAUGAAGAACUCUCGACAACUGUAGCUGAGGCUGGAGAAGUCUCUAGCGGCGGCAAUGAUGUUGUUGAGGCUGUUGAAUUUGCCAGCUCUGCCAAGUUCAAGAAAUUGGUGGACCUUCUGACACCUACAAUCGAACUUGAUUUUGGUGAUGGGUUGGUUUUGAAUGAGUCUGAGAUGCGUGCGGUUGCUACCAGCAUUCCCCCUGACAAUCCGAAGGUUAUGGAUGUAUGUGUUUCUGUAUUGCGGGAAUCGCUCUUCAAAUCGGUUGAUCCUACCACUGAUCCGCGUGCUGACAUGCUGCCUUGCAAGUUUAAUGGAUCCCUUGCUCUGAUGUACUCCAAAUUCAAGAAGUGUAGGCGUAAAGAUACUUUCGAGUUUGACGCGGAUCUUCUGAGCUCGGUUACUGCUAGGUUCACUUCCCAUGGCAGAAAAUGGCUGGAGAGUAUUGAUUUUCUCUAUUCUCCUUUCAACAUUGACAAGAAUAGGUGGAUUGCAGUCAUGGUGGACUUGCCAUCGCACUCUCUCUCUGUAUUUGACUCCACAGCUGAUGUGCGUCGUGGGUCUAGACUCAAGCCAGAGCUAGAUUUCAUAUGUGACAUGUUUCCAUACCUGGUGCGAAAGUUAGGGGCAAAUGAUCUUAUGACUAGUUACCCUCUCCAUCCUUUGGCAUUUGUUCGCCACACCACGGUAGCUCAAGCCACAUCCCGUGCCAACACUGGUAUGUUAUCUAUUCUUUUUAUGGAGGCCCAUGCGCUAGGAGGCUUCGAGGAGUUGGAUCGUGUCAAUGAGUCUGGCGUUAGGGAACGUGCUGAGCAGCUAGCAGUGGAGCUAUAUGAACAUUGUUGCGGUGAUAUCGAAGAGGAGUGAACCAUUACCCUUGUUUGUUGCAACUCUAUUAUCCUAUCUUGAACUCUUGUUUUUUAUCUUUUGAUCCCAUUCUCUUCCCAUCUGUGUGACUUAUCUCUUUGUUAAAACUUACAACUCUACAUUAUGGAUAUGUAUUCGUACUCUGCGGUUAGUUACUUGUUGGGUUUAGUCCUGCUGUUUUUAACCAAUCUACUGCAAUGGUUUACAGCCCACUAAAAUAAUUGGAUAGUUUUUAA